AUGAAGUUGAAAAACACAUUCGCUAGCGAAGUGCCACAUAUUCCCCUAACCGUCAACAACCUCCUACUAGUCUUUAAAGAAUUUCUUUCUGUCUGGAUAAAUCAAAUUCUAUAUUACAACAGAGUAUACGAUCCACUAAUAUUCGAUGAAUAUAAAGCAUUUGACGUCAUUGUAUGGAUGAAUAGACACCCACACUUGGAGAAAUACAUUGACGACUUAUUCUUGAAUAUCAUCAACAAUUUAAUCAUUAAUAAGAAACAAACAAAUGGGCUCGAUAAAAUCACAUGUGUAAUAUACAACACCAAGAAUGAAACUGUGGUAAGGAGUUACACAAUUAGAUUUCAACAAUUCAUUCUAUCUUUGAGUGAAACAAUAGCCGAACUUAAACCUGUCAAUGAUCAUGAUACUUCAUCGCUAUUGAACUUACCUGGGAUCUCAUGGAUUGAAAUUUAUACACAAUUUCAAACAGUGUUAUUUCAACAUAUACAACAAUUGCGUAAAACCUCCAUCUCGGAGACACAAGCAGAUGAUUUGUUUUACAGUAUAACAGUUGGGUUACAUGAGGAAAUCUAUGCUGGCGCCAAUUGGGUGAGGCUAAAUGAAACAAAACAAGAUAAUCGUAUUGAUCACGUGCAAGUUAUCAAUGAAGUGGACUUGGGGAUAUUAGGCUUCACUCUUGAAAACGUGGAUGACGAUAUUUGA